AUUCAGGUGACGGACAUGGGGCAAUUACAUGGGAAAGCUACGUUUGCGAAUGCAGCGUUGCCGUUCGUGAACAUCUCGGAGAAGGAUGUGAACAAGUGCUGGGAGUCGUUCAACGACGUGGCCGAGGGCUUUGGGAUUAAUCGCGUGGAAAUGAUCGACAUUUGCAGUCCCCUGCAAGACACGUUUGAAAUCAAAGCAAAGGCAGAGAUGGAACGCAUCACUGGGCUGCUCUUUGACGCGAUGGACACGGACGAAAAUGGCCUUGUGGACGCGCUCGAGUUUCUCGGGGCGUUGGCACUACUCAGCGCCAUGACCAUUCCCCAGAAGAUCACGUUCGUGUACAACUGCUACGACUUUAACGAAAGCGGCGAGAUCACGAUCGACGAACUGACGCUGGCCAUGAAGUCGACGCUCACGGGGCUGUGCAAGCUGUCCAUUGGCCGGUCUUGUCCAACCGAAUUAGUGUUGGAGGAAAUCGCGCUCUUUGCGUUUCGCAAAGCAGGCAAACACCCCGACAAGUGCAUUACGCUGCCAGAGUACAUUAAAUACUGUGAAACGACCCCCGAAGUCAACACGUGGGUAUAUUUCUUUGACGCGCCGCAAGACUUGUCGGACGAGUACGAUCUUGCAGACAGUGAUUUGGACGUGGAAGCGCAUGCUCCCAUCUACUCGCGCGCCCAGAGCGCCAAUAUGGACGCCGAUAUACCCAAUCCCCUUGUGCAUGAAUAUGCCGCUACGGACGAGCCAGCGUUCACGCAACCGUGGCAAAAUACGGUGGCCAACGCCGCGCCCACGUCCGUGCCCGAGAACGCGAUUCCAUUGCCCAGUUUGACCUUGGACUGGAUUUACGGCAUGAAUUCGGCGGGGCGGCAGACCGUGAAUUACGUGUCGACGAAUGAAAUCGCAUACCCAGCGGCCUCGGUUGUCGUCUUGUACGACCACGUCGAGCACAAACAACGCUAUUGCCAGUACCAUACGGACUUGGUAUUGAGCUUGGCCGUGCACCCAAAUCAGUCGGUGGUGGCAUCGGGGGAACAAGGCACUCGCCCUCGUAUUUGCGUGUGGGAAGUGCAGUCGCUGCGUCUGCUCUGCACCCUUCGACACUUGCACUCAGUGGGCAUCGGGCACCUGGCGUGGAUGCCCGACCAACGAACCCUCUUGUCGAUUGGCAACGAUGCGUUUCAUACAGUGGCUAUUUACCAAUGGCCGACGUCGGGUUUGAUGGGCAUGCCCCAGCUCACACACACUGCACGAACGUCUCCGUACCGUGUCUUGGCGCUGCAACCUAUAACUUCAUCCCUGUUCGUCACGUGUGGCCAGCACCACAUCAGCUUUUGGUACCAGGACAGCAUCGAGAGUUCACCAGGACUGGUAUUCCAUCCCAAGCCGGGGGUGUUGGGCAAAAAAGCCAAAAUGCAAACGCUGUUGAGUAUUGCGCCUAUUUCGGACAAGUUGAUGCUAUCCGGCACCGUUCGUGGUGAAAUUUGGCUGUGGGAAGGCCGCAACGUGAUCAAGGUACUGUUUGCCCACGCGGCAGCCGUGAACGUUCUGCAUGUGUUCUCGGGCGGAGUUGUGUCGGGCGGAAAAGAUGGUAAAAUUCGACUCUGGAGCAAACGGAUGGAACCAGGGGCGUCGUUUGACAUUGUUGCACUGGGCAGUUUUGUCGGCCGUGUCCGAAGCGCCGUGACGAAUGGCGACGCGACGAAACUGCUAAUUGCCACGGGCGGCGCCGAAAUCUACGAAUUAAGCACGUCGGACGGAUGCAAUUUGCAUUAUGGGCCGCUGGUUAUGGGCCACUGCAGCCGCAAACUAGGCGGGUUGGCAGCCCAUCCAACGAACCACGAAAUGUGCUCCGUGGGGGACGACCGCAGCAUUCGCGUAUGGGAUUUACUCCACCACCGUAACUUGCGUGUGGUGAAUUUGGACGCACCGGCUCGAUCGUGCAUGUACUCUCCUGAUGGAAAAGUGAUUGCUGUGGGGUUGGGCACAGACGUGGACAGCGACACCCCCCACUUGAACGGAGCGUUUACGAUCUUGAAUGAACCGAAUUUGGCCGUCAAGUAUCAAGGAAAAGACUCUAAAAAGUUCAUUUCCAACGUCAAAUUCAGUGCCGAUGGCACCACACUCGCUGUCUGUUCGGAAAACGUCGUGUACUUGUACAACACGGACGACUGGGCGUCGAAAGGAAAAUGCCGCAGCAAAGACCCGAGCGUGGCGUUCUCGCACUUUGAUUUGAGUUCCACGGGCGAAUGGCUUCAAAUUGCGACGACCAAAGGCGAAUUAGUGUAUUACGACACUAAUUCCAGUGUCGAAAACACCCGCCUCGGGGCUCUCAAAGACGUGACGUGGGCGACAUGCACGUCCAUAUAUGGGUGGCCAGUGCUGGGGGCGUGGCCAGUGAAAAAGAAUUCGUUUGAUGUGGUGGCACUGAACCGCAACCGCGCUGGUACAGUUUUAGUGACGGGCGAUCAAUUUGGACACAUUCGGGUGUACAAGUACCCGUGCUUACCCUCGGCCAACUUGAGCCACCAGUACCAUGGCCACAGUGGCCGCAUCUCCCACGUCGAAUUCACCAUGGACGACCAGUACGUGAUGACGAGUGGCCAAGACGACCGGUGUUUGUUUCAGUGGCGCAUGGAAAUGGAAGUGCACGAGCCCACACCGCCAGAAUUCGAAUACCACGCGACAUCGGACGAUGAAAUGGAGUUGCAAACCCCGCUGGAGCGAAGUCCGUUUGAAGAAGCAUCGAACGUGGGCGAAUUUGCCAUCGAGUCUCUGGUACACGAGCGAGGAAGUGAACAAGCCGAGCCAGUCAAACCAUGGGUUGGCAGUUGCAUUCCACCGACCACAGCCGCUCCUGAACCUGACACGACGAUGCCACCUGAACAGCUCGAGAUGGACUGGAUCUAUGGCUAUCGCUCCCAUGACAGCCGCAACAACCUCAAGUACACAAAGCAAGGCAAAAUCGUGUAUCCAGUGGCCAAGGUCGUUGUUGUGUUUGAUGCCAAGGGAUGGUCCCAAAAACACUUUAAACAACAUCAAGACGAAGUACUGUGCUUGGCGGUGCAUCCGACUUUGGACGUCGUAGCAUCGGGGGAAGGUGGGAAAUACCCCGCCAUUCACGUGUGGCAAGUGCAGGCGCUCGACGUACUGUCGACGCUUCGCGGCACCCACAAGCGCGGUGUGGUCGAACUCGCGUUCAAUCCUGCGGGGAAUCUGCUAGCUUCCGCUGGCAGCGAUGCAGACAACCGCAUUGUCUUGUACGACUGGGAACUUGGCGUCGUGUUAUCAAGUGUCAAGUCUGGCGCCCACAAACUGCUCGGGCUUGUGUUUCAUCCCACUGCAUCGACGUUUUUAGCGGUACUGUGCUUGGCGGUGCAUCCGACUUUGGACGUCGUAGCAUCGGGGGAAGGUGGGAAAUACCCCGCCAUUCACGUGUGGCAAGUGCAGGCGCUCGACGUACUGUCGACGCUUCGCGGCACCCACAAGCGCGGUGUGGUCGAACUCGCGUUCAAUCCUGCGGGGAAUCUGCUAGCUUCCGCUGGCAGCGAUGCAGACAACCGCAUUGUCUUGUACGACUGGGAACUUGGCGUCGUGUUAUCAAGUGUCAAGUCUGGCGCCCACAAACUGCUCGGGCUUGUGUUUCAUCCCACUGCAUCGACGUUUUUAGCGCUGAACACCCACACGGUGCUAUUUUACGCCCAGCAAGGCCGAAAUCUCGUGCGAAAGCAAGCGGUGAUGGGCAAACGAGGGUAUUUGCAGCCAUUUUUAUCGGUGGUAUUUCUCCACCAAGACGCGAUCGUCGGGUCCACGAGCGGCGAAUUGUACAAAUUCAAGGGCAUUGAGUUGGUGACGAUUGUGCCGGCGCAUACCCGCAACGUGGCUGCUCUCGUCGUCAUAAACGGCACGUCCCUGUGUAGCGGCGGUCGGGAUGGUCUCAUCAAGCUGUGGUCGGGCGAUUUGGAGUGUCUCUCCGAGUGGAAUUCCGUGCACGAGAUGCCUGUACGGUCUCUAGCGUGGUGCAACCAGUCGAUUCUCGUGGGUACAAGGGGUAGUGCGGUGUUGGAGCUGAGUUUGUCGGAUGGGUCUGUUCAAUGGAGUGUCGAAAUGCACUGGAAAGGCCACGUCCAGGCUUUGGCUAUACACCCGUUAAAAGACAAAGCAAUCACUGGCGGAGACGACGCUACGCUGCGGCUGUGGGACCUGCAUCGGCACCGAUGUGUGCUCAAAUUCACCCUUGAAACCGCCUCCAGGGCAGUGGCGUAUUCACCUGAAGGCGCGUACGUGGCCGUCGGACUCGGCGGCAACCCCCGCAAGAAUCGGCAUAAAAAGGAUGGCACAGUGUUGAUUUACGAAGAAAAGGUCGUGGAUGGCGCCGUCCAACUAGAGGUACUCCAUGAGACGAGAGACACCAAGCAGCCGAUUUCGGUUGUGGCGUACUCACCCGACGGCGUGUCGUUGGUGGUCGGUUCCCAGGACAAUUCGAUUUACAUUUACGACGUGCCCAACGAAUACGCCAAGCGCGCCACCUUUACCAAGCACAAAAGCUUUAUCACGCAUUUCGACAUCACGAGCGAUUCGCAAUAUCUACGCAGCAACUGCGGGGGAUUCGAGCUCUUGUUUGCCGAUUUGACGACAGGGUCCCACGUUGCCAGUGCCUCGGCAUUGAAGAAUCAAUCGUGGCACACUUGCCACACUAUUUUCAACUGGUUCAACCAAGGCGCAUGGCCUCCUUCAUCUUCCCAGACGAGUAUCACGGCUAGCGCGGCCAAUUCUACCGGCAUUCUCGUGGUGGGCGAUUCCCAGGGUGCGCUUAAAUUGGUCCGAUUUCCGUGUGUGCGGGGCGGGCUUCCAUCUAAGAUGUACAGCGGACACGUUGGACCUGUUCAGGGCUUGUCGUUUAGCCAAAACGGAGCGUUUUUAAUUAGUGUGGGACUCUAUGAUCAUGGAAUUGUGCAGUGGAAAGUGUCGAGUUCAAUCCCCGUGGACAAAGAUAUGGCCAAUCCAGCCAAGUUGGUUGAACCGGAUCCGGAUAUGGAAACCGAAGGCUGGUUUGUACCGACCCCGAUGGCUGUUGCGCCGUUUGCAGGCGCCAAGCCAUACUUGAGCAGUUUAAUUCCGCCAUCGGUUGUCCCAGAUGAACCCCAGUCGUUUCCGUUUAAUUUGACGCUUGAAUACGCUUAUGGCGCCAGGCUUCAAGACGUCCGUGGGUCAUUGGGGUAUUCCAAAUCCAAGAGAUUGAUCAGCAUCACGGGUAACAUGGGCAUCAGUUACGACCGGAAACACCACACUCAAGUGUUCUACUCGGGGCACACCGCCCCCAUCAUCUCGCUGGCGCUGACUGGCGACGGAUUGCUCGUAGCCACUGGCGAAGAAGUGUUUACGUCAUCGAAUCCUUCAGUCCGACCUCGGAUUCACAUUUGGGACCCCGCCGCCUGCUCGCCUAUUGCCAUUUUGGCGCCGUUUCACUCGAAAGCUGUCGUGUACUUGACGUUCAACGACACCAGCACUCGCCUCGUAAGCAUCGGGAAGGACCCGUAUCAGUCCAUGUGCAUCUACUAUUCUCCGUCCAAGCUCUGGCACGACAGCCGCAUCCUGGCAACCACACGAACCACCCAUCUCCCCGUGCGAUUUGCACUGACAUUGCCUCCGAUGCAAAGUGUGUAUGACGUCAUCACGGGCGGCGCUGAUCACGUCAUCUUUUGGCGGGUGGACCCCCCUUUUUGUCACGCGACGAUGGGCACAUUUGGAGCCCAUGGGCAGAUUCAAAUGGUGACUUGUGGGGGCGCAUUGUUGGAUCAAUCGUCGGUUGUCACGGGCACGCGCACGGGCCAUUUGUACCUGUGGGACGCCCAUACGACCACAAUUGAAAAGAGUAUACCUGCACACGCUGGCACGAUCAACACCAUCGCAGUGUCGGUGUUGGGUGUCGUCACGGGCAGUGCGGACGGCCAUGUCAAAGUGUGGAGUCGAACAUUGCAUCCGAUCUGGGACUGUGACAUGGUGCAAGCCAAACCCGCGUGUUCCAACCCGAUUGUGCGCAGUGUCGCAUGGGACGUGUUUGAGUCUCGGUUCCUUGUCGGCACCAAAGGUGGGGAAGUGUACGAGCUCAGCCAAGAACGCGGCGACACGAAUUUAGUGUUAGAAAGUCACUCGGAGCACGGGCUAUUUGGUCUGGCUACCCACCCAAACCAGGCAAAUAUCGUCGCGACCGGUGGCGAAGACUGUGCCUUGCGUGUGUGGAAUGCCCAUACUCAUGAACUGAUUGGAAAAGUGAUCAUGGACACCCCGAUCAAGUGCAUCAGUUAUUCUGGGGAUGGCAAAUUGCUCGCGGUAGGACUCGGCAGUGCAUCUCAAACGACGCAGUUAAAAGACGGAGCUUUUUGCAUUUUGGACGCCACGACAUUGGAAAUCGUGCACGAAGGGCGAGACUCCAAGCAAAGUUUGGCCGAUAUCAAGUUUAGCCCUGACGGCACGUUGCUAGCGAUUGGGUCCCACGACAAUUGCAUUUACUUGCACUCGGUCAUGGAAAACUACGCGCUAAAGUCCAAAUGCACCAAGGCCACGGGACACAUCACCCACUUGGACUUUUCCAAAGACAGCCGAUACCUUCGUGCCAACAGCGACGCGUUCGAGUUGAUCUACUUAAAUACGCUGGACGGGGCGUGGAUCAGUAGCCCGAGUCUCUUGCGCGACGUUGAUUGGGCGAGCCUGACGUGUGUUUUAAGCUGGGCGUCGCAGGGCGUCUGGGGCGACUCGACUGAUUUUGUGCACGCGAUGGCCGUGGCGAUGUCCAAGAAGGUGCUCGUGUGUGGCAAUGACAAGGGCGACCUCAACUGCCACUCGUUCCCGGCUUUAUCCAAAAACAUGGCAUACGCAACGGUCCGAGGCCAUGGCGGGCCAGUGCACGGAGUCGCGGUCAGUUGCGACGACACGACGUUGUUUACGAUUGGGAGCUCAGACCGGACGCUGUUUCAGUGGAAAUUUGUCGACUCGGCGUAG